GUAUAUUUUGCGCGAAUGUACGAGUCUAUAUCGCUUGUUUUCAUUGAAGAGCAUUCAGUCUAAGAGCACACUUUGCACGAGAAACACCUUUGAAAAGGCGCGCGUCGCGUUCUUCUACAUAGAACUAAAUAUAGCUGAAAAAAUAAUAAUAAUAAAUACAAAUCACAACGCGAUAAACGUGAAUUUUUGCUGUGUUUAUACAAACAGCUGUUAAUAUUUAUUUUAUUAUUAUUUAUUUAUUUUGGAAUUAUUGAACAGAUUUUUUUCUAAAAAAAUAUUUAAGAAAAAAUUCUUUUUUAGACAAUGCUAAUUUUUUAAAUUGUCACAUGCUGAAAAUAAAAAAAAAAUAUUAAGUGUGAUAAGUGACAAAGCAAAUUGUCUCUCAACUAUCAAUAUUUGAAUUAACUGAAUAAAUAUAACAAAACAAGAGAGAACAAGAGAUUGAUAAUCUUGAUCAGUAUCUCGAUUACGUAAGAAACGUUUGAGAAUCAAAUCAAAUUAAUCGAGCAAAUAACAAAAAAUGGAUAACGAAGAUAUGAUUCGUCCCUCGAUGACGACUCAAACGAGCAUGCAGCAAACAGAUAACAAAAGUAUGCAAGUUCAAAUGUCUAAAGAAGACAGCGACAUCGAGGAAGAUGACGACUUUGUACUUGCACGCUUCAAUGAUCGUUUCAACGAUUUGCGACGCUUUGACAAAUACUCCGACUGUUCCUUCAAAAUUGAAAAUCGAAUAAUAAAUUGUCACAAAUUGAUAUUAACUGCUUGUAGUCCCGUAUUCGAAGCUAUGUUCUAUGGACCAUUAGCUGAAACCCAUGCAAUUCGAAUCGACGACAUUCGUCGAAAAGUCUUCAAUAAAAUGCUGGAUUUCAUUUACACGGGACGACUUGAUGCCGGAAGCUCCGUUCAGGAGUUGCUCGAAUUGUAUUAUUGCGCUCAAAAGUACUUGAUCGAAGGUUUGGAGCGAGUUUGCAUCAAAUAUUUGUAUGAAGUGACGACAAAAGCGAAUGUUUUAAAAAUUCUGCGGAUCGCUGUUGAAAUGAGUCUCGAGGAAGUCGUUUAUUCCGUGAUUUAUUCGAUCAAACAUUGGAUGUCGGAGGGCGAAACCUUCGCAAAUUUCUUCAUGCAAAAAGGACACACGAGAUUAAGUCCGAAAAUUGUGGGGCUUCUCGUCACGGAAGUCUUUGAAUUCAAGGAUUACAACAGUAUUUUGUGUUUUGUUCGUGCUUGGUGUCUGUCGGAAUGUGCCGCGCGUCAAAUCGAGCCCAAACAACGUCACAUCAAACACAUUAUCGAGGAAUGCGGUUUACCGAAACCCGUUCAAGACGCUUUCGUUUAUCAAAAUCACGCAACCGCGAAAGAAGCGAGUGGCAGCAAAACUUUAAUUCAGCGAAUUUAUCACAAAGCAGCUCGUCCUCUCGUGAUCGGCGAAGAAAACGAGACAAAAUCCAGUUUUUGGUUCGAUCAAUUCACCUCGGUGUCGGCAUUUAGCAUCAACAGUCGUCUUCUCGGGGCACAACAAAACAUUUCCGCGAACGAGACAUACGACGAGGAAGUUUAUCUCGAAAUCUGGGCAAAUGCGGAUAUAAUUCACUCGAAGGAGCACGUAAUCUACAAUGCGGACUACAACAGCACGAUAUGCAUCAAGUUGGCAAAUCCUUUGAUAUUUUUCCCCGGAGUCACGUACACGCUCAAACUCAAAUGGGGCGACGAGCAUGCCGAUGCGGAAUAUCCGCGGAGUGUCUUUGCGGAUGUCGCCAAGUACAAAGGCAUUCGAAUAACGUUCAGCGAGGCAAAUGAGAUGGAAUUGCUGCAGGGAAGUGUUCUCAAUGGAAUUGUCUGUGAUACGGAUGAUCUUGGAAAAUGGUGAAAAUGAGAGAAAAUUUUUAAGUUUA